UUUUUAUUUACUCGAUCAUACACUAUAAAUUUAGUGUGUUCAGAGGAGAACGUAACGUAACCUACUUACCUAGCUAUUAAGCUAUGGUUUCCUUUCACAAAGCGUUGCCCGAGAGUAGUCCUUCAGAGCUGAAACUUUCAUCAAACAAUAAUAAGAGAAAAUGGGAACAGCCACUACUUACUACCGAAGAUUUCUUCAAGGAUCUAUCAAAAUCCUCAAAGACUGAAGCAAAUCCUCAUCAGAAAAUCAAUAAAUCCAUCUUUGAUAUAGAGUUUCACCUUCAGACUCCGCUACCUUCCGCUAAAUUACAACACCACCACCUCACUAUUCAGGCAGGGCAUAUAAAUAUGAGUAACACAAAGAUGAUGAACAUGAAGAAAUUGGAUUCAAAGAUAACCCCUGAAACGGGCAUAGACCUUGAGCUGAACCUGACAUGUGAAUCACUGAGGAGAAAAGAAGACACAAAGAAGAGUUCCCCUGCUAUAUUAGCUGACGUGUUCAACAAUAAGGACACGUCAUCAUCAUCGUCAUCGCAAUCACAAUCACCGUCGCCGUCAUCUUCCUCACCGCCACUACUGCCAUCUUGGUUGUUGGUGGAGGGAGAAGAUCAGAAGGAGAUGGUUGCAACGGUUUGCAUGAGGUGCCACAUGCUGGUGAUGCUUUGCAAGUCAUCACCUUCUUGUCCUAAUUGCAAGUUCAUGCAUCCACCAGAUCAGAAUCCUUCAUUCUUGAAGAGAAGCAGAUGCAGCCUCUUGUGCUGAUUCAUCAAUGCAGAAAUCAUAAAUCUCAAUUAUUAAUUAAUUAAUCUUCUAGUUCUGCUUAAUUAGUCUUGGUAAUUUCAUUUGACUUUCACCGAAUGAGUGUGAUGAAUGGCAGCAGAUUAUAUAUAUAAGCAUUAAGAUUUUAAUUAAGAAACUAACAUAUAUAUACUAUAUUAUUAUUAUUAUUAUUAUUAUUAUUAUCAUAAUUAAUCAUAUCUAUGUACAUAGAAAAGUGGCUGGUGUUGAUCGUUCCUACAAUUAUUGUGUAUGUUUUUAGAUGUAAAAUUUCGGUAGGCUUUUUUUCCCCUUUUUUCUUUCAAGAAUGGAGGUUUAUGAGGCCUCUUAACUAUCAAAUAGCAAGAGCACAUGUUCUUUGUGAUG